AUGAGGAGAUGGGGGAUGAUUCAAGGUUGUACAUUGUGUGGAGAAAGAGAUGAAACAAGAGAUCAUAUGUUUUUCGCGUGUCCUUACUCCUUUACAGUUUGGCAUGGACUGGCAAAUCACAUUCUUGGUACUCAUACUGAUCCGGACUGGCAGAUAACAUUGGACCACCUUCAGGAGCUCAAUGUUAGUAAGCUUGACGCUAUUCUUAUCAAAAUGCUGUUUCAAAUGGUCAUUUACCAUUUGUGGCGAGAGCGUAAUGCGCGAAGGCACCAUAUAAGCCGGAUGACGACUGAUGCAAUGCGUAAUGUGAUAGAUAAGUCUAUGUGGAACCGAAUCUUUUCACUCAAGUACAAGACAGGCCACAAGUAUGCAGCGAUUAUAGCAAUCUUCGCGAUCCACCCUGAUAAAGCACUCAUUAAAGAUCCCACAUCAUCAGAGAUUAGAGAAGCAAUCUUCGCGAUCCACCCUGAUAAAGCACCUGGACCUGAUGGGUUCUCAGCCAGCUUCUUCCAAGCAAAUUGGGAGGUUGUGGGACCUGAGGUAGUGCGUGAAGUCCAACUCUUCUUCUCUUCAGGACAACUCAGACCUUCACAAAACGUGACACAUGUUAGACUGAUUCCAAAAAUAAUUGGGGCAAAGAAAGUUGUUGACUACAGGCCUAUAGCGCUUUGCAAUGUUUUCUUCAAGAUAAUAUCCAAGCUGAUGGCCCUAAGGUUGAAAUCAGUUCUCCACCUGAUCAUAUCGGAAAAUCAGUCAGCAUUUAUCCCAGGAAGGGCUAUCUCAGACAAUGUUCUAAUAACGCAUGAGGUACUUCAAUACUUGAAAACCUCAAAAGCAACAAAGAGAUGUACGAUGGCCAUCAAAACGGACAUGUCUAAAGCCUAUGACAGAGUAGAAUGGCGUUUCAUCUCACAAGUUCUGAAGAGACUGGGUUUUCACGACAAAUGGAUCACUCUAAUUAUGCAAUGUGUUACCACUGUAUCCUACUCCUAUCUGAUUAACGACGCUGCCUAUGGUUCGGUGAUACCUAAGAGAGGAAUUAGACAGGGAGAUCCACUCUCCCCGUACCUAUUUAUCCUGUGUGGUCAAGUGCUAUCCGGAUUAUGUCAGAAAGCAGAGAAAGAAGGUACCUUGCAAGGAGUGAGAGUAGCGAGGAACUGUCCAAGAGUAAACCAUUUACUCUUUGCAGAUGACACCAUGUUCUUCUGUCAAACGUCCCAAUCAUGCUACACGAAGCUGAAAACCAUCCUCUGGGAAUAUGAGAAAGCCUCUGGACAGAUGAUCAAUGCAGCUAAAUCCUCGAUCACCUUCUCUUCUAAAACUCCAGAGGAAAUAAAGAGUAAUGUCAAAAACCACUUAGGCAUUAUCAACGAAGGAGGCUCAGGUAAAUAUUUAGGGUUACCUGAACAUUUCGGGAGGAAAAAGAAAGAUCUCUUCACCGGCCUGGUUGAUAGGAUAAGGCAACGAGCACAAAGCUUAUCCACGAGACAUCUAUCUAAGGCCGGUAAACUGACAAUGCUGCAAGCAGUCCUUACUGCUGUCCCAACCUACUCCAUGUCUUGCUUCGAGCUACCUGUCAGCCUUUGUAAAAGGAUUCAAUCAGUCCUCACAAGAUUUUGGUGGGAUUCUUCUGAUGGAAGUAGAAAAAUGUGCUGGGUGGCUUGGGAAACUCUAACAAAGCCAAAAGCAGGAGGUGGACUUGGCCUUAAGGACGUACAGCUAUUCAAUCAGGCGCUACUAGCUAAACAGGUUUGGAGAAUACUAACCCAACCAGAUAGCCUACUCGCCCGUAUUCUCCUAGGGAAAUAUUGUCACAAGAAGCACUUCUUAGACGCAAUGGUUCCAGCUACAUGCUCUCAUGGGUGGAGAAGUAUCUUACACGGAAGGGACCUGCUAAAGGAGAACCUAGGGAAAGCUAUAGGAAAUGGGCAAACAACAAGAAUCUGGAAAGAUUCAUGGAUCUCUACAAAGGAACACAUCAAACCAUAUGGACCUAUUCCGGAAGAAGCACUCGACCUGACAGUGUCUGAUCUAUUGACAACAGAGAUGACUUGGAAUAAAAGAAGAAUCGAAGAACUCCUACCUCAUGUUGCAAUGGAGAUACAACUGCUACAACCGAGCCUCUCCAAAACAGAAGAUAUCUACAUCUGGCAGCCUCUCCCUUCAGGUACUUACUCAACGCGAUCAGGCUACUAUGCGGCCGCGAUGAGGAAGAGUGAACAAAGACCACCAAUCCAAGGACCCUUUGAUUGGAUAAAAGAUGUCUGGUCUGCACCCUGCUCACCAAAGAUGAGAAUAUUCAUGUGGUCAGCGAUACAGAGAGCGUUACCUUUAGGAGAACAAUUACAACAAAGAGGAAUCCGAGCUGAUGCGUUGUGCCAUAAGUGCAAAGGAGUUGAGUCAGCAAUGCAUACCUUUUUUCGAUGCCCUUUCUCACAAGAGGUAUGGAACCUGAUCCCCCUCAAACAUGUAGUUCACCUAGCUACAGGAAGCAGUUUCAGAGACGCUAUUGUGGCCUUCCGACAAGCAGUCUGCCUUCCACCAACAGGAGUUUCAAACAACAUCCUUCCAUGGAUCUGCUGGGCAAUCUGGACAGCUAGAAACCUUGCAAUCUUUGAGAACAGAACCCUAUCAGCAAUGGAAGUAGCAACCAAAGGAAUCAGGUUAGCUAGAGAAUGGAAUAUGGCACAAGACAAAAAGAAAGCCACAAAGAAUACUCCACCUCGCCUCCAUAGACCUCCUCGUGCUUCGGUAUCGCCAGCAGUGCUAACGAUCGGCAAAUCAGACGCGGCUUUUGAUAAUAGAUCGCAUCGAGCAGGACUCGCAUGGAAUUUCACAGAUUCAGCAGGAACUAUGAUCAUCCAAGGUUCCAAGAUCCAGGACUCCAUCGGAUCUCCGCUAAUAGCUGAAGCCCUGGCCCUUCGAUCUGCAAUCCUCUCAGCGGUGAACAGUGAGGUUACACACCUCAAAAUGUUCUCUGACAACUCAACGCUCGUUCGAGCCAUCACCAACGACACGCAGGCCUCGGAAAUCUUUGGUAUCGUAAAGGAUAUCCAACAGAUGACCUCUGCUUUUGUCGAGAUAUCGUUUUCUCAUUUUCCUCGCUUACAAAACAUUGAUGCCGAUCUUUUGGCAAAACAGACUCUGCGCUGUUCUCUGUAA